AUGGCCUUGUUCAGUAGCCAUAUCUUCUUGCUCUUAUCACUCAACCUUGCGUUCUCAGGUGGUGCGACCCCCCUCUCAAGGAAUGAAACCGGUGGCGCCCGCGGUGACUUCGUGAUCAGCCCUUUCAAGACCGUGGUGCAAGUGUUUAACCGCCUCUACGGUACGAGCUUCACGAUCCAUUGCAAGUCCAAGGACAACGAUCUAGGAACUCACAUGGUUGGCCCCAAGGGGAACUACCGGUUCAAGUUCCGGGCCAAUUUCUGGGGCACCACGUUGUUUUUCUGCAGGGUUUCGUGGGCGAAAGGGUGGACCGUGUUCAAUAUCUACUCGACCAAGAGAGACAUCGGCCGUUGCCAGACUUACUGCGUGUGGGAAGUCCUUGGUGAUGGCCUCUACGGCUAUAGGCAAAACGAUAAAGUUUGUGACCUUAAACUCCCGUUCAAGAACAAGCCCUAA